GCAAGACUGACGCCCUCCUGGUCCGUGUGUAGGUAUAUGAGGGCGUGGAAGCCCGUGUCAGCGGUGUCAGCAACUCUGUUGUUCUCGCACAUUCAACAUGUUCGCAUCCGAUGUGAUUCGCUUCCUGCUGGCUCACUGGCCAUCUGUCCUAGUCUUGAGCGUUGUCCUCUACUUCGUCAGAAACAAAUUCAACAAUGGCUUGAAUAAGUAUCCCGGCCCACGACUGGCGGCGUACACGGACUGGUGGCGAUAUUUCGACGUCCGAGGCGAGCGCGCUGAAUGGACACACAUUGAGCUACAUCGAAAGCAUGGAGACAUUGUGCGUCUAGGGCCGAAUGUACUCUCCUUCGCGGAUCCCCGCGCGAUCAAGACCAUCUACGGACUCAACAAGGGCAUGACUAAGUCGGAUUUCUACCCUGUCCAACAAGCUGUGGCGAAGGGUGAACGCUUACAGUCACUCUUCUCGACAAAAGAUGAAGAUUUCCACGCCAAAUAUCGACGAUGUGUCAACAAUGCCUUUGCCAUGUCUUCUCUCGUUGGAUACGAGCCACUGGUCGACAGUACCAUGAAUGCCUUCAUUGAGCAGACUCGCAAACGCUACGCUGAAACCGGCGAGAGUUGCAGGUUCUCGAGGUGGCUGCAGUUUUUCGCGUUCGACGUGAUUGGCGAGUUGACAUGGAGCAAACGUCUGGGCUUUGUGGAGCGAGAUCAGGACGUCGAAGGUAUCGUUGGCUUCGUCGGCGCCUUCCUGGCAUAUGCUGCUCCGGUUGGGCAAAUGCCAUUCCUGGAUCUCAUCUACCAGAAGAACCCGAUCAAGCUUCAACUACAGAAAUGGGGCAUCGAUAAGAAAGUCUUUGCUGUGACAAAGUUUGCUCUGGAACAAUCCGCGGAUCGUGCGUCAGAAAUGGAGAAGAUCAAGCAGCAUGGCUCAUUAGAUGAGCGCUCCGGCAAAGCUGUGGAUCUUCUCAUGAAAUUUACACAAGCUCAGCACGAUCAUCCCCAGUUCAUGACGGAUAGACAGGUCCUUUCGUCAUGCACGAGCAUGAUCUUCGCCGGGUCGGAAACAACUUCCAUCAGCCUAAGCAGUGUUUUCUACCACCUUAUGAAAAAUUCUCAUGCCUACAAGAAAUUGAUGGACGAGCUCGACGAAGCUGCACGGAACGGGACUAUCGCUGAACGGGACUACGGGAAAGUCAGUUGGGCAGAGGCACAAAAGCUACCCUACCUGGAUGCAGUGAUCCAAGAAUCGUUCCGGCUGCAUCCCGCUCCAGGGCUAAUACUAGAGCGAGUCGUCCCACCACAAGGCAUCGAAAUCCUCGGCGAGCGCAUUCCGGGUGGCACAAUCGUUGGUUGCAAUGCUUGGGUACUACACAGAAGACCAGAAGUCUUCGGCCGUGAUGUGGACACUUUCCGGCCAGAACGCUGGCUCGAAGCGAAACCAGAUCAACUCCGUGAAAUGAAAGCGACAAUGUUCCAGUUCGGAGCUGGUGCCCGAACGUGUAUUGGGAAGAACAUCUCACUGCUGGAGAUCUACAAGCUCGUGCCGACAUUUUUGCGCAAUUUUGAGGUGGAGCUGGCUACGCCAGGUCGUGAGUGGAAGACGAAGAACGCAUGGUUCGUUACGCAGGACUUUGAUACUAAGUUCAAGCCGCGCUCAAUAGCGCAGAGUGCAUAAAGGAUUGUAUUAUAUAUAGCUGAUGUAGAUCUUUCCAUCUAGACAUGGCCGCUUUAAUGCAGCUUUU